CAUUUUGUAUAAUGUGAUAUUCUGUAAGUUUAUUUCUCUCUUCUACUGUGGGUGGUUUCCAGGUUGGGGCUGUCAUAAAUAGUGUGCUGUUAGGAACUUGCUUGAACAUUUUUUGGUGUCUCUAGGUACAUACACAUUGUUGCGUGUUCUACCUAGGAGUGGAGUUGCUAUAUCAUAGGGUACAUAUAUGGUCAGCUUUAGUGAUAACACUGAAAAGCUUUCCAAAGUAAUCGAACCAGUUCAACAAAAUUCUUUUACUCCAAACUGGUGUUAAAUUUUUAUCUAUUGAUUCACACAAACUAGUUUCUCCGUUCAAUGAGUGCAUAGAUAUUCUAGGACAGGAUUUCCCAAAGUGUAGAAUUCUAGUCCUGCCAGAGACUCUGAAAAUUAAAAUAGGUCCUUUAUUCAGAUAAAUUUGAGAAACAGUGCAUAAUAUAUCCUCUUGUGAGAAAACAUUAAAACCUCUGAGAAGCUCUCCAUUAAAAAAUAAUUGUUUGUAUGAUUUCCAAUUUUUUUGGUCCACAGAGCCCUUCUGAGGCUAAAACACCUAUAGAUAAAACCUAGAUACAGACCGUGAUUGGGCUGUGCAGGGAGGUAGCCAUCUUCGGCUGCCUUGAAGUGCUGGUGCUUAAUGCUGAAGUGCUGACUGUCUCUUGGAGGACAGUGGUCUCCUUUGAUGGUUAAAGCAUUGGUCAUUUCCUAACCUGGAAGCUGACAAGUUCUAUCUCUGGAGGUUUUCUGGGCUUUCCUGCAUUUUCCAAGCAUUAUGUGAGAUGUUUCUUCAGCUCUUGUGGCUCAACCACCAAACCAGCAAGUAAUUACUGGUGGCGUGCUGUGUACCCAGCCUUGCGCUCAGCCUGUGGGAUGGGAGAAGAUUGUUUGCUUCAAGUAAAUGAUGUCGACUGCAGUUGGCGAGGAACUUUCAAGCGUUAUUUUUGACUGCUGCUUAUCACUGAAUGUUCAGUUGGUGAAAUUGAAAAGUCUUUCACUCAGAAGAAAGAAGAAGAAGAAGAGCCCGAGCCUCCCCUCCCGUGCUCCUGAGCGGCUGUGCAUGGCCCUGGCUCUCCUGACCACCCUCCCCAGUAGGAUGUCGCUGAGAUCCCUCAAAUGGAGCCUCCUGCUGCUGUCAGUCCUGAGCUUCCUGGUCAUGUGGUACCUCAGCCUGCCCCACUACAAUGUGAUAGAACGCGUGAACUGGAUGUACUUCUAUGAGUACGAGCCAAUUUACAGACAAGACUUUCGCUUCACACUUCGAGAGCAUUCAAACUGUUCUCAUCAGAACCCAUUUCUUGUCAUCCUGGUGACCUCACACCCCUCAGAUGUGAAAGCCAGACAGGCCAUUAGAGUCACUUGGGGUGAAAAAAAGUCUUGGUGGGGAUAUGAGGUUCUUACAUUUUUCUUACUAGGCCAGCAAGGUGAAAGGGAAGACAAAGUGUUAGCGUUGUCCUUAGAGGAUGAACACCUUCUUUAUGGCGACAUAAUACGACAAGAUUUUUUAGACACGUAUAAUAACCUGACCUUGAAAACAAUUAUGGCAUUCAGGUGGGUAACCGAGUUUUGCCCCAAUGCCAAGUACAUCAUGAAGACAGACACUGAUGUUUUCAUCAAUACUGGCAAUUUAGUAAAGUAUCUUUUAAAUUUAAACCACUCAGAGAAGUUUUUCACAGGUUAUCCUCUAAUUGAUAAUUAUUCCUAUAGAGGAUUUUACCAAAAAACCCAUAUUUCAUACCAGGAGUACCCCUUCAAGGUGUUCCCUCCCUACUGCAGUGGAUUGGGUUAUAUAAUGUCCAGAGAUUUGGUGCCAAAAAUCUAUGAAAUGAUGAGUCACGUAAAACCCAUCAAGUUUGAAGAUGUUUAUGUCGGGAUCUGUUUGAAUUUAUUAAAAGUGGACAUUCAUAUUCCAGAAGACACAAACCUUUUCUUUUUAUAUAGGAUCCAUUUGGAUGUUUGUCAACUCAGACGUGUGAUUGCAGCCCAUGGCUUUUCUUCCAAGGAAAUUAUCACAUUUUGGCAGGUUAUGCUGAGGAACACCACAUGUCAUUAUUAAUUGGACCUUCUGCUAAAAACCUAGAGAAGGACAGGGUACUCAGUGGAAGGUCUGGUACUGUAAAAUCUCCAGUGGAAAACUCGCGGGAAGGUCGCUGUGCUGGCUUACACGGACUGACACUCACGAAGAACCCAUAGGCUAGCGACGCCGGGGUUCCACUUGUGAUAUAUUUGGACAGAAAUCAAUCAGGCCCUUUAAAGAUGAUAUUCGGAGGAAUUAAACAUAAAGGAAUUUGAAGGGUUUUCUUAAUAGGACCAAACAAUUUGAACAUGUCAUUCUAUAGACUAGAACUUCUUUAAAGGGUUUCAUUGAAUUAUAAGUUCAUUAGUGCAUAACAACAAAACAGUGUGGAGCUCUAUUUAUUGAACAGUCUAGUCAGUUAAGGAUUGUGUGUAUCUCUUAACAUGGAUUGCCAAUUUUUUAAAAAUAGUAGUUCUGUGUAAAAAACUAGAGUUACACCAAACAAAAUUUCAUGUUUUUGGUCAUUCAGAAGGUACCUCGAGGUGUUGCAGUAUGUCCGAGUUAUCCAUUAUUAUUUAAUAUUGCUUAGAACUUUCUGGGUGUUUGAAUGUUGUGGUUGUUUGAAUACUGUAAACAGAAUAGUGAAUAACCCUUUACGUUUGAGCUUUUUUCCAGUUAUUUCACCAAUAAGUUUAUUACUGACAGCUCCAUUAAUGUAAUGUCCUUGGUCCUUAUUGCAUAUCAGUAAUCUCUUCGACUUUGAGAAAUAUUUUACCAUGGUAACACAGAGAAGCAUUAAAGAAAGAAGAUCUGAAUUAUUGUCUUGUUUCUAAAA